GGGACCGGAGACGGCGCGGGCGGCGGCGGCGGCGGCGGCGCAGACAAAGGCGCGGGCGGUGCGGAGGGCGGCGCGGAGGGCGGCGCGGAGGGCGCGGGCCCCGGAGCCAGCGAGCGAGCGGGGCGCCCGUCUGCGGGGACUCGGCGCCGCGGGGUCGCACCCGCCUAGCGCCCGGACACUUGCGGGGUGCAGAGCCGGCACGAGGCCAAGCCAGCAGUUCCUACCAUCCCCCUGGCUGUCCCUUGGAGCCCACCCAGACAAGCCUGACCAAUGUCCACAGCCAGGGAGCAGCCCAUCUUCAGCACACGGGCACACGUGUUCCAGAUCGACCCGGCCACCAAGCGGAAUUGGAUCCCCGCGGGCAAACACGCACUCACUGUCUCCUACUUUUACGAUGCCACCCGCAAUGUCUACCGAAUCAUCAGCCUUGGGGGUGCCAAGGCCAUCAUCAACAGCACUGUCACCCCCAACAUGACAUUUACCAAAACCUCCCAGAAGUUCGGGCAGUGGGCAGACAGUCGCGCCAACACCGUCUAUGGCCUUGGCUUUGCUUCUGAGCAGCAUCUGACUCAGUUUGCUGAGAAGUUCCAGGAAGUGAAGGAAGCAGCAAGGCUGGCACGGGAGAAAUCUCAGGAUGGGGGAGAGCUCACCAGUCCAGCCCUGGGGCUCACUGCCCACCAGGUGCCCCCGAGCCCCCUCGUCAGCUCCAACGGCCCCGGCGACGAGAAGCUAUUCCGCAGCCAGAGCGCGGACGCUCCCGGCCCCGCUGAGCGCGAGCGGCUCAGAAAGAUGCUGUCCGAGGGCUCGGUGGGCGAGGUGCAGUGGGAGGCCGAGUUCUUCGCGCUUCAGGACAGUAACAACAAGUUGGCGGGCGCCCUGCGAGAGGCCAACGCCGCCGCCGCCCAGUGGAGGCAGCAGCUGGAGGCCCAGCGCGCAGAGGCCGAGAGGCUGCGACACCGGGUGGCUGAGCUGGAGGCCCAGGCUGCCACCGCUGAGCCACCCGCAGUCAGUGAGAAGGAGGGACCGGGCCAGGCGCUGGAGCAGCUGGAGGCACUAGUGCAAACUAAGGACCAGGAGAUCCAGACGCUGAAGAGCCAGACUGGUGGUCCCCGUGAGGCCCCAGACAGCGCCGAGCGUGAGGAGACACAGCAGAAAGUGCAGGAACUGGAGACCCGAAACGCGGAGCUGGAGCACCAGCUGCGGGCAACGGAGCGCAGCCUGGAGGAGGCACGGGUAGAGCGGGAGCGGGCACGGGCCGAGGUGGGCCGGGCCGCGCAGCUGCUGGACGUCAGGCUGUUUGAGCUGAGCGAGCUGCGGGAGGGCCUGGCCCGCCUGGCCGAGGGCACGCCCUGAG